AGCCGAAACGGAGGGCAGAGCUCGAGCCGCUGUUUUACCUCAGCCCAGCCGCAAGAAAAAACAGCCAUUUAAAUUUUGUUUUUUUUUUUGGUUACUUUUUUAUUUAUUUAUUUUUUCUUUGUCUUUUUUUCUUUUUUUUUAUUAUUUAAUUUUUAAAAAAAAAACAACCGCCGCCGGAUUCUGAAGGUUUGGCCGCGUCUUUUUUUAAAAAAAAAUUUAACCAGGGCCUGUAUGUGUCGCAAGGAUGAAAAUACAAAAACUCAAGAGACAAAAACGCUUAUCAUAAAAUAAAAGCAACGGUUCCUCGGAUUUCAGUGAAAACGGCUGUAACUGUACCUCAGAAAAUUAAACAGUUAUUGGACACAAACGGCGUGGCGGUUUAACACAUCAACGGUCAAAUAAAAUUUAAAUUUAAACGGUAUUCGGUACGGUUAUCAUUUUACUGCACAGAAUGCGAAUCUAGCUGGUUCAACAGGAAAAAAAAAAAAACAACAAAAAUAUUGGAUUUUUUUGUUUGUUUUCUUUUUACCCUACCGUCGGAUUUCAGUACCAAGGUAUGGUGGUUUAAUGGGGAAAACUGAAGAGAUGGACUGGGUACGAAAAAAGAAGAAACGGUCAUUUUUGUUUAUUAAAACCUGUAUUUCGUGUUUGGGGUUCAAAUCGUUCCUGUUGUUACUGAUAUUAAUACAACACCACUUUUAACCAACUGGUUUUUUGUUAUUUAUUUAUUUAUUAUGAUGAUUAUUAUUAUGAAGAUUUGACAGCAAGCGCAGAAAAGACUUUUUUUUUUUUUUUUUUUUAGUUUUAUUUCCAUGAGGGAAAAUUAGAUAUUAUUUUAUUUGAAUUGAUUUUAUUUAUUUUCUGCACGGAAAUAUAUAUAUUCUUGGAGUGGGUGUUUAUUAAUCGAGGUUAGUUUUUUUUUUUUUUCGACCGCACUUACAUUAACCCCGCACCAAAAAAUGGCCUGGAAUUAAAAAAAAAACAUCUUUUGUCUACAUAAAGAAGAAAACUAGGUGCUGCUGGGACGCAACGAUGGGACGCUGCAGAGUGAGAACGCAGUGGUGCUGCUGAAACCACAAGAGAGACACUCUGGAGGGUGGGGCCGACUCUGAACGAACCCAAGAAAGAAAGAAAGAAAGGACGGACUUUCAGGAGGGAGGAACGGAAGGAAGGAUGGGCAACGCCAGCGAGAGCAGCGAGGGACCCAACCACCCGCUGGCGCCCAGUUCCUCCGCCGUUUCCACCUACGUCAAGCUGGUCCUCCUCGGGCUCAUCAUCUGCGCGAGUCUGGCGGGCAACCUGGUGUUGUCCCUGCUCAUUCUGAAGGACCGAGCCCUCCACAAGGGCCCCUACUACUUCCUCCUGGACCUCUGCCUGGCGGACACCGUCCGCUCGGCCGUCUGUUUCCCCUUCGUCCUGGUGUCCAUCAAGAACGGCUCAGCCUGGACCUACAGCGUGCUCAGCUGCAAGAUCGUGGCCUUCAUGGCCAUCCUGUUCUGCUUCCACGCGGCUUUCAUGCUCUUCUGCAUCAGCGUGACCCGCUACAUGGCCAUCGCCCACCACCGCUUCUACUCCAAGCGCAUGACCUUCUGGACCUGCGUGGCCGUGGUCUGCAUGGUGUGGACGCUUUCGGUAGCCAUGGCCUUCCCCCCGGUGUUCGACGUGGGCACCUACAAGUUCAUCCGCGAGGAGGACCAGUGCAUCUUCGAGCACCGCUACUUCAAAGCCAACGACACCCUGGGCUUCAUGCUCAUGCAGGCCGUCCUCAUCCUGGCCACCCACGUGGUCUACACGAAACUGCUGCUGUUUGAGUACAAGCAUCGCAAGAUGAAACCCAUCCAGAUGGUCCCGGCGAUCAGCCAGAACUGGACGUUCCACGGGCCGGGGGCCACCGGCCAAGCGGCCGCCAACUGGAUCGCAGGGUUCGGGCGCGGACCCAUGCCCCCUACCCUGCUGGGGAUCCGGCAGAACGCUCACAACCAGAACCGUCGGCUGCUGGGCAUGGAGGAGUUCAAGGCGGAGAAGCGGCUGGGCCGGAUGUUCUACGUGAUCACACUGUGUUUCCUGGUCCUGUGGUCGCCGUACAUCGUGGCCUGCUACUGGAGGGUGUUCGUGAAGGCUUGCACCGUACCUCACCGCUACCUGUCCAUCGCAGUGUGGAUGAGUUUCGCCCAGGCCGGGGUCAAUCCCUUCAUCUGCUUCUUCCUCAACAAAGACCUCAAGAAAGGCCUCCUGGCUCACCUGCCCCCUUGCUGUAGGACUAAACCGCAACUACCCCACGAGCCCUACCGCGUCAUGUGACAGAAGAGAGGUGCAGGGAAUCUAGAGGAAACUGUAUUUUGCCCUCCCUUUCAAACCUUUUAAAGAAACCGCCUUAACAUUUCAAGAUCUUAAAUGAACUGUUCACUCACUCCGAUUCAAAAGAUUACAACCUAGUUUUAUAAUUCCAAAUCAGCUUAAAAGUAAUGAAUUAUACCUUGAUAUAGCAAAUUGGCCCCUCCCCUCAGGUAAGAGUGACAAAUCUUUAAAAGCUCCCCUCUUCCUGCGUGUUUCUGGCUCAACACCGCCACCCAGAUCACUUCCUGUGUUGCAGGCAUUAGGGCUCCAGCUGAAACGCAUGCUCUUCUGCUACAGAUUUGAUCAGGUGUGGUUCAGAUGGGACUCAAUACCUGUUCGCACAGGAAGUGACGGGGGGGAACGGGCUUCACCAGAAUCAAAAUAAAUUCUGAGGGCAACCGUUUUGACGCCGCGUGAAUUUGCGAAAAAAAACCUCUCGGCAAAACGUUUGUUGCAGAACCGUUUGAGGAUGAAAAAAUUAAAAAAAAGGGGGUGAAAAUGAAAAGCUUUUACAGGGAGGACAAAAUCCAAAGCUUCCUGCUGAUUCCUUGAGGAAACAUUUUUAUAAAAAAAAAAAAAAAAAGAGGCACAUUGUUGUCUUCUGCAUCUAUAGCACGUUUACGUUCCUUUUCAAAUUCAGAUCGGCCAUUGUGGUGUAGGAUGAGAUGCAGUCGGUGUUUCGUUCCCUUUUAAAAGAUAUGCUGCAGCAUUACUUAAUGCUGUUCCGGUUAUUUCACAGUGCUAGCCUGCAAGAAAACUGAAGUUUAAUUGUUGUUUUGUCAGUGCCAAAGUAAGCCGGUGUCCUUUUUCAAAGGCUGUGGUUUACAAAAUUCUGGAAAAGCAGUUGACUGUGAUGUAAACAGUGUGUAAACUGGUGUGCUUGUUGCCUGGGGGGUGGUGAAACUACAGGUUUGAUAAGCAUUAUUUCAGUAAUAAAAAGACCCCUUUGAAAUUCAUCUAGAGGCUUUGUUUGCGACACAAACAUGGCGAAACAGAAUAAAGAGAAACGUUCCUCGUGGAAGUGAAACCUUCACGCAGGCCCAGCUGUUUGUCAUCGCGUCUGCUCACAAACGUCCGUCGUGCAUUUUGUCUCGCUCAAACCGGGUCAAAGCCACAUCCCAGGUACGUGGUUUCACGUGCCGCAGGAUUGUGAUCCGGGUAGCCGUGCCUGUGUUAAAAGGGCCAGUGUCAGUAUAAUGUCUUUUUUUACACAGCGAGUUAUAAAUGCAUGCGAUAGCCUGCCAGGUAUAAUAUCUAAAACACUUAGGUUCUGUCUUAUGAGUAGCCCCUUAUUAAGGGCAGAUUGUGCUCUUUGAAGGGAUGAGACUUGAUCGGUCGAAUGACUCUCUUUUCCAGAAAUGUUUUUCAUGUAAACUAUAGCAACUGCAAGGAUGUUUAUUUAUUUAUUUAUUUAUUUAUUUUUUUUUAACACUUGCAGGCAUGUUUUCAAUGCACUUUCUCCUCGUCUGUGAUUUACUUAGAUUUUUUUUUUUUUUUUUUUCCACAUUAAUGUCGCGUUAGGAUUCUCACAUUUGUAUUCCAUUUUUUUUUUUUUUUUUGACUUUGGUGUAAGAUUUCACACGUGGAAGGCAGUGGGUUUGAGUAGCUCAGUGGUUAGAUAAAGAAAGCGCUGGGCUGCAGUGUGGAAGGCAGGGGGUUUGAGGAACUCAGUGGUUAGAUAAAGAAAGCGCUGGGCUGCAGUGUGGAAGGCAGUGGGUUUGAGUAGCUCAGUGGUUAGAUAAAGAAAGCGCUGGGCUGCAGUGUGGAAGGCAGCGGGUUUGAGGAGCUCAGUGGUUAGAUAAAGAAAGCGCUGGGCUGCAGUGUGGAAGGCAGUGGGGUUUGAGGAGCUCAGUGGUUAGAUAAAGAAAGCGCUGGGCUGCAGUGUGGAAGGCAGCAGGUUUGAGGAGCUCAGUGGUUAGAUAAAGAAAGCGCUGGGCUGCAGUGUGGAAGGCAGCGGGUUUGAGGAGCUCAGUGGUUAGAUAAAGAAAGCGCUGGGCUGCAGUGUGGAAGGCAGUGGGGUUUGAGGAGCUCAGUGGUUAGAUAAAGAAAGCGCUGGGCUGCAGUGUGGAAGGCAGCGGGUUUGAGGAGCUCAGUGGUUAGAGAAAGAAAGCGCUGGGCUGCAGUGUGGAAGGCAGUGGGUUUGAGGAGCUCAGUGGUUAGAGAAAGAAAGCGCUGGGCUGCAGUGUGGAAGGCAGUGGGGUUUGAGUAGCUCAGUGGUUAGAUAAAGAAAGCGCUGGGCUGCAGUGUGGAAGGCAGCGGGUUUGAGGAGCUCAGUGGUUAGAUAAAGAAAGCGCUGGGCUGCAGUGUGGAAGGCAGUGGGUUUGAGGAGCUCAGUGGUUAGAUAAAGAAAGCGCUGGGCUGCAGUGUGGAAGGCAGCGGGUUUGAGGAGCUCAGUGGUUAGAUAAAGAAAGCGCUGGGCUGCAGUGUGGAAGGCAGCGGGUUUGAGGAGCUCAGUGGUUAGAUAAAGAAAGCGCUGGGCUGCAGUGUGGAAGGCAGCGGGUUUGAGGAGCUCAGUGGUUAGAUAAAGAAAGCGCUGGGCUGCAGUGUGGAAGGCAGCGGGUUUGAGGAGCUCAGUGGUUAGAUAAAGAAAGCGCUGGGCUGCAGUGUGGAAGGCAGCGGGUUUGAGGAGCUCAGUGGUUAGAUAAAGAAAGCGCUGGGCUGCAGUGUGGAAGGCAGCGGGUUUGAGGAGCUCAGUGGUUAGAGAAAGAAAGCGCUGGGCUGCAGUGUGGAAGGCAGUGGGUUUGAGGAGCUCAGUGGUUAGAGAAAGAAAGCGCUGGGCUGCAGUGUGGAAGGCAGUGGGGUUUGAGUAGCUCAGUGGUUAGAUAAAGAAAGCGCUGGGCUGCAGUGUGGAAGGCAGCGGGUUUGAGGAGCUCAGUGGUUAGAUAAAGAAAGCGCUGGGCUGCAGUGUGGAAGGCAGUGGGUUUGAGGAGCUCAGUGGUUAGAUAAAGAAAGCGCUGGGCUGCAGUGUGGAAGGCAGUGGGUUUGAGGAGCUCAGUGGUUAGAUAAAGAAAGCGCUGGGCUGCAGUGUGGAAGGCAGCGGGUUUGAGGAGCUCAGUGGUUAGAUAAAGAAAGCGCUGGGCUGCAGUGUGGAAGGCAGUGGGGUUUGAGGAGCUCAGUGGUUAGAUAAAGAAAGCACUGGGCUGCAGUGUGGAAGGCAGCAGCUUUGAGGAGAAAUGUACCACCAGCAAUCACACUCAGUACCAUGGUACCUGCCUUUGUGCAGUUAUUGCCUCUGGUAUCGAUUGUCAUUGAAGCACUGCUGUCUGUCUGCAUUGCCAUUGAAGAGGGUGAGGGAUUUUUCAUUUUGUUCGCUUUUCCUGUCUGCUUAUGAAAAAUGAAUAAAGGAGGGGGGGAGGGGGUAAAGAGAAGGUUUCUGAAAAUAAAUCAAAUGAAAAAAAAGCUGAAACAUAGUUUACAUUUUAUGGCCUUAAAAGAAACUGAAUAGCAAAGGAAAUUAAAAAAAAAAACAAAAAACAAAGACCAACUCUCUUUCGACGGAUUUUUCUACUUUGUGCUGUGAUUCGCUGUUGCCGUGGCG